AAACAACUGGAGGGCCAAAGUUUGCCCAUGCCUGGGCUAAAGUAACCUGCAUUGGGGGAGACAGUUGCUUCUUUCUUUUGCUUCAGGCUGUGUUUUGCCCCGUGGCUAUGAUGUUGGAUAGCUGGGGAAAAAUCUAGUAUUAUACACCCAGUUUCCAACACACUUUCACAUGUUGAAAUUUCAUUUUUGUGCAACUUAUUCUGACUCUCCAGGAGGAAAUAACUGUAUAGCAUUUAAGCUGUUGCUUGAUUAAGUUGGAGAGGAUUGCUCAUUAUUACCCCCUUCAUUAUCCCAAAUGCAAUUUUACCUUAACAAACCUUGUACUGUGUUAAAGUCCGACAAAUUUGUUAUAGUGUAAGCUAUCACAGGCAGUAGUCGUUUCAUUAAAAAUGAAGCGUAAUCCUGAAUUACAGAUUUUUAUACAGAAGGAGGUAGUGGGUGGGUUGUAAAUGGAGAAGUUAUAGGGAAAUUAAAUGCAGAAGUAUAGACUAUGAACACUGUAUUUUUAACAGUGACCAUUCACAAGAAAUAUGUUGUUGAUAACUCAAGUUAUUCUAACAGUCGCAAGUAGAGUAACACUAGUAAAGGAGGCCACAGCCCAGAAUUUAGAAGAAAUAAGCAGGCCUCAUUUAAUUAUCAUUUUUUAGUUAUCUCUUCCAUUGCCAUAAGUCAAAGCUGACUUGCUGGCACAUAAUAAUACCACCACCAUGAUCCCAAAAAAUCCACCUUAAUCAUGAUUCAUGUCACAGGUGCUAGAAUUAAACUUUGCCAUCUAUUGUCACUCAACAAUUUCUUUGUGCAGUCUGGAAAUCCAUAUAGAUUUGUAAGAGAAAAAUAUAAUUGUUCAGGAUAGGUUAUGGAUAAUGGAUGCAUCAUUGUAUAAGUUUGUAGUUCAAGAAAAUCCAAGAGCCAAUGUGGCGUAGUGACUUGAGUGUUCAACUGUAACUCUGGAGACCAAGGUUCAGGUUUCCACUUAGCCAUGGAACCUACUGGGUGACCCUGAGCAAGUCACAUUCUCUCAGCCUAAGUGGUGGCACAAUGGGUUAAACACUUGUGCUGGUAGGACUGCUGACUGACAUGUCAGCAGUUCGAAUCCUGAGAAAGUGGGUGAGCUCCCUCUGUCAGCUCCAGCUCCCCAUGCGGGGACGUGAGAGAAGCCUCCCACAAGGAUGAUAAAACAUCAAACACCCGGGGGUCCCCUGAGCAAUGUCUUUUCAGAUGGCCAAUUCUCUCACACCAGAAGCGACUUGCAGUUUCUCAAGUCCCUCCUAACACAGAAAAAAAGUCUAUGAGGAAGGUAAUGGCUACCCUUUUCUGAACAAAUCUUAUUAAGAAAAACCUGUGAUGGUCUCACUUUAGGAUCACCAUAAGACAGAAACAACUCAAAGGAACACAAGAACUAAGUUCAACAAAAUUGAAAGAGACUGCAUGAUUCCCAGGUUAAAGGUUUGUGUUAUUAACAAUGCUAGGAUAUCUGGGAUAUCAAGACUGUUUUUGUGAGUGACCAUCAUUAAUAACACCGUGAUCACAUUGACUACACUUCUUUGAUUUAGUUCCCUUUGACUUUCUGUUUACAGUUCUUAUCACCAUUGAACCCCACUAUAGUCACAUCAGGGAUAAUAUUUCAGACAUCACAUAAGGUGAGAUAAAGUAAAAGCUAAAGGUUUUCCCCUGACAUUAAGUCUAGUUGUGUCCGACUCUGGGGGCUGGUGCUCUUCUCCUUUUCAAAGCCAAAGAACCGGCAUUUCAUUGAUACAACGUAAUAAUCAAUAUCGUGGUUAUACCACACUGGAAGGUUAUAUUGUAUUAGAUUUCUAUCCACAUGGACACAACCUAAAAGAAAACAAUAGUUCUAAACAAACACGCACAAGCCAAAAACUGCCUUCUGGAUCAGUCCAUGGGCACAUCCAGCCCAGUGUAAUUGGCACUGUGUGUGUGUGUGUGCGCGCCUUUAAGACCCCUGUUAACUAAUGCAACCCAAUGAAUGUCAGUGGAAGUAAAAAAUACCAUUCUGUUCUGCUUUGGUCUCUAGAAUACUGUGUCCAAUUCUGUGCACCACAAUUCAAAAAAGAUAUUGACAAGCAUUUCCAAAGGAAAGCGACCAAAAUGUUCAAAGAUCUGGAAACUAAGACCUAUGAGAAAUGGCUUAGGAAACUAGGAAUGUUUAGCCUAGAGAGGUUAAGGUGAUAUAAUAGCCAUGUCUAAAUAUUUGAAAGGAUGUUAUGUUUAGGAGAGAGCAAUCUUAUUUUACACUGCUCUGGAGACUAGGACAUGGAGCAAUGGAUUCGAACUACAGGAAAAGAGAUUCCACCUAAAUGUUAGGAAGAACUUUUGACUUUUGAUGGGUGUGGUGGGGUCUCCUCCUUUGUCAAAACACUCCUAAACAGAUGCUGGAUGGCCAUCUGUCAGGAGUGUUUUGACUAUAUAUUCCUGCAUGGUAAGGGGUUGGACUAGAUGGCCCUUGUGAUGUCUUCCAAUUCUAUGAUGCUAUGAUUCAUGUGAUUUUUUGAGGCAAAGAAUAAUUAGACAUGGCUCUACCAGUUCUAUCCUACAGCCCAUGGUAUUCAUUGGCAGCCUACUAUCCAUGUAGAAAUAUCUCUCCAUACUUUCUUAGCCUUGAAGGAGCCAGAAAGCUCUGAUGUUUUUUCUGCCAUAGUCUAUUUUGGCUACCCUCUGGAUAUUAAAUCAGAAUUCAGUGCUCUAGAGCGAGAUGCCAGCUGAUUGGCAAAGAAGUCCAGUAGGCGGGCAUAAUGGGCGGAUAAGAGCUUGGAUGAGAAGUGCCAAAGGUUGGCAUAGAGAGAAACAGAGACGUGUGUGUGUGUGUGUGUGUGUGUGUGUGUGUGUGCGUGCUGAAGACUUGAAACAUAGAAACAGACAUGGAGGCUCCAAGGGGAGUACAGUCUUUCUGUUACUUUUGCCUUUUCUUGAUGUUAGGGGAGCUGGUUCCCCCCAGUACUGCUCAGCUGUGGUGGCCCUUUGGUGAAACUAAGGACACCAAAACUACAACAGUCCCUACAACUCCCAAAGGUACGGAAGCUGAUGUAGAGCAGCCUUCUGAAAAGACAACUGUCAUGACCACAUCCUCUUCUUGGAAUAUACUUGACACAUUUACAGAGGAAGCAACCACAUCCGAAGAAACACUGGAUCCGGCCACAUCAGCUAUUAGCAGAACUGAAGCCUCUCCUGAUAACAUCUUUCCUUUUACAACUAUGUUUGAGGGCAGUGCUGACAAGGAAGAAGAGCCUGAAUUCCUACAGAAGGUAUCCGAUCCCUCGACUCCUUCAGUUCACCAAUCCACAAGCAGGGGGGACUCAGUGGCAGAACAGGUGGUAACCGAAGAGACCGCAUCAACCCUACCUCCCAAGACUGCUGCCGCCUCUAUUAUUUGGGAGACAUCAGAAGACUUGAUAAGCUCAGUUCAGCAUUCCACCGUUAGAGAGGACUCUGAGACAAAACAGGCGAACAGCCUUUCACAGUGUGUCUGCCCUGCAAUUCCUGGCCCUCAAGGUCCCAAGGGAAACAAGGGAGACCCUGGCCUACCAGGCCAGAGAGGACUACCUGGGGAAAUUGGGAGAACAGGCAGUCCUGGCCACCCAGGUUCUCCAGGACCUCCAGGACCACCAAGCUUCCCACUUCCAGGAACACCAGGUUGUGCAGGUACCAGCAAUGGAGAUGGCAGGUCUGAGGGACCACAGGGUUUACCGGGCCACCCAGGUCCACCUGGGCCUCAAGGAUACCCUGGACCAGAAGGCCCUCAAGGACCCCCUGGUCUCCCAGGACAUGAGGGCCAGCAAGGGGCACCAGGCCUCCCAGGUGCAUCAGGACAGCCCGGACCACCAGGAUCCGCUGGAGCCCCAGGCAUGCCAGGACCAGGAGGGGCAGAGGGUUCUCAAGGACCCAUGGGCCACGAAGGACACCCAGGGCUUCCAGGCCCUGUAGGGCCACCAGGAGCUCCAGGCUUUCCUGGACAAGAAGGUCCUCCUGGACGAGAAGGGCCUCCAGGCCAAAAUGGGCCAAAGGGUGAAAAAGGUGAGACUGCCCUACAAGGACCUCCAGGCAAUCCAGGAAUGGAUGGCGAAAAGGGAUCUCGGGGUCUUCCAGGCCCCAUGGGACCUCCAGGCCUACCUGGGGAAAGUAAGUGUGAUACUCAGUCAAGACUUUUGGGGCCUCCAGGACUUAAGGGUGAAAAGGGGGACCCAGGAGAGCUGGAUUGCCGCAGCUGCUGUGGAGAAGGCACAAGAGAUGGAAGUUUCCCUGAUGCCUCUGGCCCAUCUGACCCCUGGGUGCCUUUUAACUACCAUAAGAAUGGCAAAGGAGAUACAGAGCUAUAUGGUGCAGUCAUGAAACUUGGUCCUCCAGGUCCUCCAGGAAGUCCAGGACUACCUGGUCCCCCCGGUCCACCCGGACCACCCGGUGUUGUUUACCUCAAUAGAGUAUAUCCUGUUCCACCCAGACCUCAUUGCAAGCAGCCAAUGACUCAGGACUCAACUGCAGAUUCAGAUGAUGCUGAGCUACCGCAAAAGGAUUCUUCCACUGGAAGCCAGUACGGAUUUAAGAGCACCUCCUGGACUUUCAAGUCAAAAGAGCUGAUGUUCAAAUCUGCUUCUUCCAUCCCUGAAGGCAGCUUGGUCUAUGUCAGUGAAGGGAAUGAAGCUUUCUUCCGGACUCCCAAGGGAUGGAGCAAGCUUCUGGUAGACGAUUCAGAAAUGGCAUUAGUGGGAGAUGACCCUUCAGUGUCUACAGAAAGAAAUCAGGCCCCAAGGGAUGAACGCCAAACGGCAAUCCAGAGUGCUCCAAUCAAGAUGUCCAACAGGAUACCUUCACUCCAUCUAGUGGCUCUCAACACCCCACUGACGGGUGACAUGAAUGGGAUUGCCGGUGUUGACCUGCAGUGCUAUCAACAGUCACAGGAGGCAAAGCUAAAUGGGACCUUCAGGGCUUUCCUGUCCUCGUCCACUCAAAGCCUUUUCUCAAUUGUGAAGAGAACUGACAGGGGCUUACCUAUUGUCAACCUUAAGGGCCAACUAUUAGCAAAGAGCUGGAAUGCUCUCUUCAGUAGAAAUGGCACUUUACACUUCAAUUCCAUGAGGUUCCCAGUCUACACUUUCAACGGGCACAAUGUCAUGACGGAUCCUACAUGGACACACAAGGCAGCCUGGCAUGGUGUUAAACUACGAGGAAACCAUUCACCAAACCAAGACUGUCAAGACUGGCGAUCAGCAUCCAGCUUCUCAGAAGGCUUUGCUUCACCUCCAGCUGCAGGCAAGUUCCUCACAAAGGACAAAUGGAGCUGCUCGGCUUCCCUGAUUGUUCUGUGCGUGGAAAAUACCUUCUGAUAUGUGCAUGGAUGGAGAAGACAGCACCAGAUGGACAAAGGACACUGGAAGGAUAUCUGUGGUGCAAACUGAAUAGAAGAGAAACCAUGCACUAAGACUGUCAAGUGGAAUAAUCUGAUACUCAUCUCUCCACACCAUCUUGGAAAAAGAAGUUUAUGAAGUGAGCUAGUUGUGUGUUGUCUGAACCACAGCUACUUUCCUGCUGUGUAGAAGUGGCACCUCAUAGAGGCCUCAGGCCAGGUGUAAAAUGGUGCUAUUUACCUCUUUGGCGUCAGCACAUAGGUAGAUCUCUUGUAAAAAGAUGCAAACAUUUACAUGUGUAUGGAUGUAUAUGCAUCUUUUUCUUUGUAUGGCAAAAGGGAGUAAAAGAAAUAGCAGGUGCAGAAAUAUCAAUGGGAUGUUACUGUAAGUUUCUAUAGAAUGAAAACCCACCUCUAACAGGGAAAUGGUGUCAUCUAAAUUGCUGGCAUGUACUCUUUUUGAAAUCUCACGGGUAUUAACCACUACAUCCUCUAGAGGCAAACCUAUUGCACUCGAAAUGUAACCUGCAUCACAAACAUCUAUGGUAUAUCCUGAAUUCUUUUGCUAAGGUCCAUAGAAGAAAAUUAUACAGUUUGUUCAUUUCGCAGACUGUUUUUGUAUGGGUAGAACUACACUGUUACGUAUAUUUCAUCCAUAGAUUCUUUCCCCCAACUCUUAUAUUAGGACAUGCAGCAAUGAAUAACUUCAGUUGGGUAGCCAGGGAUGUAUUUACAAUUCCUUAUAAUGUUUCAGCCUUCCCCACACUGUUAUUUCCCAGGAGGAUUAAAAGAUACAGUACCCUGGUGGAAAGCCUUUCUGAAGGAUUUUUAAUAGAUGGGUGACUUUUCAGAUAAUGUAUUAAAUUGAAUUUUCCCUUCAUUAUAUAAGUAUGAGGGGACAGCUGUGGAGAAAAUCAUUUGGCCAUGGCUUAUUCCUUGCCAAUGCUAUCUUAACACACAAAUUUAACUACAUAACAUGUUUGGUGCAAGCCAGUAUUUUUUUUCUCCAUGGCCAUAAUAGACAUAUUUAAACAAUAGCAUCCAUGUCUGCAAAGAAGGCUUAAAAUGGCCUGAAAUGUGAAUGUUCUUUUCUGUGAAGAUCACAUCGCUGAUGUUGAUUGAGGCUGCUGAUUCUAAUGCUGUUUAUAUGUGAUGGUUGUAAUCAUCAAUAACUGCCCACGACAACAUAUUAUGGGAUUAUUUGUCCCAGCACAGUCCUCAUCUUUUUCAGCUUAGAUCUGUCCAGUGUCAGUUCAAGGCAUGAUGCUUUCUGAGGCAGAGCUACACAUUGUUUUCCUCUUCCUCAUCAGCAAUUUGCUGUCAAGGCAAGAAAUAUCAAAAAUGCUUCUCCAUCUCUAUGCUCUUUUAUGAUACUCCAAAUCAGCUGCCUUCUAUUGCAAGGACAGGCUUACACUCAUUUGUGGGACUCUUGUCAUUGGAAAAUGGGUCAAACUAUAUGAAAGGCUGGGUUGCUCUGAGUUCUCUGGACUGUAUGGCCAUGUUCCAGAAGCAUUCUCUCUUGAGGUUUCAUUCACAUCUAUGGUGGGCAUCCUCAGAGGUUGUGAGGUCUGUUAGAAACUAGGCAAGUGGGGUUUAUAUAUCUGUGGAAAGUCCAGGUUGGGAGAAAGAACUCUUGUCUGUUUGAGGCAAGUGUGAAUGCUGCAAGGCCAUUAAAUGCUAAUCAAGCUGACCAUUUGCAACAUUCACACUUGCCUCAAACAGACAAGAUGUUCAAAGAUCUGGAAGCUAAGACCUAUGAGGAUGCCUGCCAUAGAUGUGGGCAAAAUGUCAGGAGAGAAUGCUUCUGGAACAUACAGCCUAGAAAACCCUCAGCAACCCAAUGAUUCCAGCUAUGAAAGCCUUCGAACCCUGGCCUCCCAGUGUUCCAGUCCAAUAGUCAAACCAGUAUUCCAUUCUGGCUCUCACAUAGGUCUCAUUGACAUCAGUGCACUAAGGUAGUUUUUAUGACUAACUUAACAAGUCAUUUUUUUCCAUUGAUGAAUAACUUAAGCUGGUAACUAAACUUACAAUAUCCAUCAUUCCAUCAUAGUCAUUAAUUCUGAGUCUUAAGUCUUUUGCAUAAAAGAAAGCUAUAAAUGGAAAAAUGAUCAACCUUGACCUAAAUGUGUUUAUCAGUGCCUUGCGAUUAAACAACGUUACGUCAUGCAUAACUCUUUUCUCAUUAACUGUAAUUCUUAAGAAAUGUUUUGGUUAACAUGUCUGUUGUAGAAUGUUGUAGUUUGAUAACAUUUGAAGUAAAACCAUUUGUUCUGUA